CCGCCCCUCGCAGCCGCCCCUCGCUCAGGGAGGCGGACGCGCCCGCGCCACAGCGCGCGGCGGGCUGAGCGGGCGCCACACCUGUGGAGCCGCGCGGGCCGUCGGGGCUGCCGACCCGGACCCCGCAGCGUGCGUGCUCGGGGCGCCGCUUGGCUCGCGCCCCCCGCCCCCGGCUGCGCGCCGCGGACACCAUGGGGCUCCCGGCGCUCGAGUUCAGCGACUGCUGCCUCGACAGCCCGCACUUCCGAGAGACGCUCAAGUCUCACGAAGCGGAGCUGGACAAGACCAACAAAUUCAUCAAGGAGCUCAUCAAAGACGGGAAGUCUCUUAUCAGCGCGCUCAAGAACUUGUCUUCGGCGAAGCGGAAGUUUGCUGAUUCCUUAAAUGAGUUCAAGUUUCAGUGCAUAGGGGAUGCAGAAACAGAUGAUGAGAUGUGUAUAGCAAGGUCUUUGCAGGAGUUCGCCACUGUCCUCAGGAACCUGGAAGAUGAGCGAAUACGGAUGAUUGAGAACGCCAGCGAAGUGCUUAUCACACCCUUGGAGAAGUUUCGCAAAGAGCAGAUUGGGGCUGCCAAGGAAGCCAAAAAGAAGUAUGACAAGGAGACCGAGAAGUAUUGUAGCGUCUUAGAAAAGCACUUGAACUUAUCUUCCAAAAAGAAGGAGUCUCAGCUUCAGGAGGCAGACAGCCAAGUGCACCUGGUCCGACAACAUUUCUAUGAAGUCUCCCUGGAGUACGUCUUCAAGGUGCAGGAAGUCCAGGAGCGAAAGAUGUUCGAGUUUGUGGAGCCCCUGCUGGCCUUCCUGCAGGGCCUCUUCACUUUCUACCACCACGGUUAUGAGCUGGCCAAGGAUUUUGGUGACUUCAAGACGCAGCUGACCAUCAGCAUCCAGAACACAAGAAAUCGCUUUGAAGGUACUAGGUCAGAAGUGGAAUCGCUGAUGAGGAAGAUGAAGGAGAAUCCACUUGAGCACAAGACCAUCAGUCCAUACACCAUGGAAGGGUACCUGUACGUGCAAGAGAAGCGUCACUUUGGAACCUCUUGGGUGAAGCACUAUUGCACGUAUCAGCGGGAUUCCAAGCAAAUCAGCAUGGUCCCAUUUGACCAGAAAUCAGGAGGAAAAGGGGGAGAAGAUGAGUCGGUCACACUCAAGUCCUGUACACGGCGGAAAACAGACUCGAUUGAGAAGAGGUUUUGCUUUGAUGUGGAAGCUGUGGACAGGCCAGGGGUUAUCACCAUGCAGGCGUUGUCGGAAGAGGACCGGAGGCUCUGGAUGGAAGCCAUGGAUGGCCGGGAACCCGUCUACAAUUCGAACAAAGACAAUCAGAGCGAAGGGACUGCACAGUUGGACAGCAUUGGCUUCAGCAUAAUCAGGAAAUGCAUCCAUGCUGUGGAAACCAGAGGGAUCAAUGAGCAAGGGCUCUACCGAAUUGUUGGGGUCAACUCCAGAGUGCAGAAGCUGCUGAGUGUCCUGAUGGACCCCAAGACAGCAUCAGAGACGGAGACAGACAUCUGCGCUGAGUGGGAGAUCAAGACCAUCACUAGUGCUCUGAAGACCUACCUACGAAUGCUUCCAGGGCCACUCAUGAUGUACCAAUUUCAAAGAAGUUUCAUCAAGGCAGCAAAGCUAGAGAACCAGGAGACACGGGUCUCCGAAAUCCACAGCCUGGUUCACCGACUCCCAGAGAAAAACCGGCAGAUGCUACAGCUGCUCAUGAACCACUUGGCAAAUGUUGCUAACAAUCAUAAGCAGAAUUUGAUGACCGUAGCUAACCUUGGCGUGGUGUUUGGACCCACCCUUUUGCGACCUCAGGAAGAAACAGUAGCUGCCAUCAUGGACAUCAAAUUUCAGAACAUUGUCAUCGAGAUCUUAAUAGAAAACCAUGAAAAGAUCUUCAACACCGUGCCAGAUGUGCCACUCAGCAGUACCCAACUGCACCUGUCCCGGAAGAAGAGCAGCGACUCGAAGCCUCCGUCCUGCAGCGAGAGGCCCCUGACUCUCUUCCACACCGUGCAAACACCAGAGAAACAGGAGCAAAGAAACAGCAUCCUCAACUCCAGUUUGGAAUCUGUCUCAUCCAGCGCAAACAGUAUCCUUAAUUCCAGUAGCAGCCUGCAGCCCAACACAAACUCCAGCGACUUAGACCUGGACGUGGUCAAACCCACCCGACCCAACUCACUCCCCCCGAAUCCAAGCCCAACAUCACCCCUCUCGCCAUCUUGGCCCAUGUUCUCGGCGCCCUCCAGCCCUAUGCCCACCUCAUCCACGUCCAGCGACUCAUCCCCCGUCAGGUCUGUUGCAGGGUUUGCUUGGUUUUCUGUUGCUGCUGUUGUUCUCUCAUUGGCUUGGUCCUCUCUUCAUGCAGUGUUCAGCCUCCUCGUCAACUUUGUUCCCUGCCAUCCAAACCUGCACUUGCUUUUUGACAGGCCAGAAGAAGCAGUUCGCGAAAACUCCAGCACACCAUUCCGGAAGGCACAAGCCUUGUAUGCCUGCAAAGCUGAACACGACUCCGAACUCUCCUUCACGGCAGGCACGGUCUUCGAUAAUGUUCAUCCAUCUCAGGAGCCUGGCUGGUUGGAGGGGACUCUGAACGGGAAGACUGGCCUCAUCCCUGAGAACUACGUGGAGUUCCUCUAACCAUGGGCCCCAGCAGAACUGCUGAGCUUUACAUGGUAUCCAUGACAACCGCUGACUCCAGUGUCGUAGGCCAUUUCUGUUUGCCACUGAGAAUCGCAGGUGACUGUGGCUACCUGUUGAUGCACCUGUUUCUGUGGACUCUCAAGUUACCCAUCACCGCCGUCAUCUCAGCUGACACUCAGUGUUGCCACAAGAAGCAGACGUCAACCCGCAGAGGCCAUUUGAUUUCUGUGACACAGAGAAAGACUUGCAAAGCCGGUGUCUCCUGGGUGCCCAAAAUAGGAAGUGCUCCUUUGUCUCAACUGUCAUCCAAAUCCCCAUCCUUUUUAGAGAGCAAGUGAGCUUUAAGGAGUUGCCAGGAACACACAGCAUACUAAAGGCCAGCGGGGCUAGGCAGGGAAACUGACACUGGGGUCCAGGCUGGGUCUGUUGCUUUUGUUUACAGUAGACACCCUCUCUUUCCCUCCUCUAAAUACCUGAGACCCACAGUGCUGCGGGCAGCUGGGUCUGUCUAUUUGCAUACAGGGUGGAGAGGGAGGGGUUACGGCACUGUUUAUGCAAGAUCCAAUCUUUUCCCCAUCUCCCAAGUCUCCACUGGCCUGUCAGUGGCAAAAUUCAAUCCAGUCCUCUCAUGCAAGGGAACACACUCACGCCAUGUCCCUGUAUCACCCCUGACCCCAUCCAAGCUUUCUCGGCUACCAAGGGCCGCCAUCAUCUGGUAACCAUGACAACCCAGCCUACUCAUAAACCAACCUCCAGAAAAUAUUGUACUCUUUUUUUGCGUGACACAUCCUCCUUCCUACCUCCUUCUUGGUAGUUUUUUGAAUGGUUUCCUAAGAGGAUAACGAAAUGAAGGUGGUCUAUCUAGGAUAGGCAGGAGAACGGCUAGAAGCUCUGCCCUUUCUGAUGAGUUUUUGUAUUUGGAGCAAACCCUAGUGACCUCUUGAGAUUCAGUUAUAUACAGGUCUCGUACCUCUGUUCUUCCAUGCAGAUGGUGUUAGCUUUCCACAGGAGAAGAAGCUUCCUCGCAGUGGCUGGCACCAUCCUUUUGCUUGCUGGGUCCCUCAUGUCCUUGCUUUCACUUGCUCCCCCCACCAGCCUGUCACUCACCAGGCCUCUUGCAGUCCUUUGGGCCACUGGGCACUGGUGCCCUGUGGUUUUUAGAAGUGCUUUCUGGGUAACUGAGCAAGAGUUUAAAAGGAUUAUCUGCAUUCACUGCCACUCAGAAAAAGGGACGUGUUUCCUGGGGAAUCUGAUGCAUGAGUGUCAUUGGCACUGUAAUUCAGGAAGAUCCCAAGAUUGGAACAGGGAGAAUGAAAUGGAUUUCUUCUGAGAAUCCAAAUGUUCCAGUGAGAAGAGGCUGGGCCUGUGGAAGACCGCCUUGGAUGGAGGGGUCCCUCUGGACAUCUUGCCAUGGACUGCCAAAGAACAGAGUUCCCGCAUCUUCUGCAAGGAAGAGUCCUUUUAGGAGCAGCUCUGAACAGACCAGCUCCAUACAGGUGGACGGGCAAGAGUGUCCCCUGCUUCUGGAACUCCUCGCUAGAGAACUAUAAAAAAGGAGAGAAAAACUUGAAUUGUGUUGACUUACUGUAUCUUUUGCUUUUUUUUUUUUUGAAAAAAAAAAGAUAAACUUGUAAAUAGAGUGAUUUGAAAUACUAUAUGGCAAAGUUUUAUAUUUGAUACUCUUUAAGCUAGUUGUUACUCACGUUUGGGCUUUGAUUGCUGAGCCAGUGUGGCUGAGAGAGGAGAGGAGGCAAGGGGUAGAGUCAGGAUCACCAUGCUGCCAUGGUCUGCAAGAAGAGCUGCUGCACCACUCACUGUCUCAGGCUUCGCGAGGGGCCGGAGGGCUGGCAGCUUUCUGUCUUCUUCCUCCACCAAGAUCUUCAGCAUCUCUUGCACUUCGGGUUUGGAGAGGGAAGAGCAUCUUCAGGCCACAAGUUUUCAAAGAAUGCCUACUUAGUUGUGAGACAAAGCUCAGGAUUUAACUAAAUGAGGCCGGAAGUAGGACUUCUUUUCUUCUCAGGUGUGUUUCUCACUACUACCCUCGCCCCAGUAUCAGGAUGGAGGAGCUGCAACAACUGACGUGUCCCCUGCUUCUCUCUCUCUCUCUCUCUCUCCACGUCUAAGGCUUUACAACUGAGGCUGAGCUAGCCUGCAGUGUUACGCACAUGUGAGUUCUAAACCAGGACUGACUGCUCAGAAUCUUGAGUCCUGGAUACGCGGCUGCUUUCCCUUUUGCUCAACAGUGUGUGUGUUCUCUCCUUUCACCUCCGCACUCCAUGGAACCCCUGAAGAGGUAGAAGAGUAGAGAUUGUGCCAUGAUAGCUUUAAAGCUAGCAGGGGCUGGUGGCUGUGAUCAGCUCAAGGAUUAUACAGUGACUCUCCAGGGACUCAGCUGGACGCCAGUGAGACCCGACCAUUGAAUCAGGGAGGAAGAAUUAAGAAUGGACAAGGCUGAGGUUGUUUUCAAGAAAUGUGUCAUUGAGAACCCAAGAGGAAGGGGACUACGUUAACACGCCUCGCUCUACUCAGGCACUGUAAUGGGAAGCAAGGAAACAUGGACUCCCUGUGGGCUGUGCACACUCACGUAGUGGGCUACUUGCCAAGUUACAAGAGCCCAACAUAAUGGUUUUAACACAUUUGACCUUUCAAAUUGGCCCUUGCCCUAUUGACGUCUUAACUGGAUUUAAUAUAGAGAGGCAGAAGCCAAAGGCCCUGCUUCAGGACUUACUAAAGCAGACCUAUAGACACUUGGCCCAAAGCUUGAGUCCUUGGAAGCCUAGCCUGUCUCUCCCUCCUGAGUGGCCCUGAUUUGGAGCUGCUCUUGAUGGGAUCUGUUAGGUAAGCCCCUCCCCUGCUUCGCUGAGGCCACACCAGGCCUGUGACAGAUGGUCACUCUGUCUCCCGUUGUUCCGCCAGGCUCUCCUCCUCCCCAUUCGCCACAGAGCCAUAGGAAUUAUUCAGGAUGUGAGCCAGCCAGUAGGAAGGAACUGGAAGACUGAAAAUAGAUUUCAGUAUCCAUGCUCCCUAUUCCUAACACUGUCUGCUUAAUGGGGAAUGUUGGGGCAGCCCGUGGGUGUAAAUUAAGUCUCCCUGAGCUCUCCCAGGAGCCUCAAGUUGGCUUCAUAAGGCCUUGUGGUCAGUAACCCAUGGAGUCUUUGGGGAGUGUGAAGAUCAAGUGCUUUCUCCUCCUUCAGGCACCUGUGACGCCUUAGUUUGAGAAAGCCAUGCCAUGAGGAGAUAAUAAGCUCUAAGUCCUUGCCCCCAUACAAGUGAAAAACUGGCUUGCUCCUGAUGGAGAAUAUUCUGUUCUGUUUUCCAAGAUAAACCCACAGAGAUGAGUCCCGUACAGUGCAUCCUCCUUUAGUAUCCUAGAAUGGAAGCCAGGUUCUAGCUCAGAGCGGUUGGUAGUUCUGCAGCCAAUAUGUGUUGUGUGACGUUGGAGCAAACUGUUUAUUUUCCACAUAACUUCAGUGUAUCCCUUCUUGCUGAGUGGUUUUUGGACAGGGAUGUGAAGACAGAAAAUGAGCGAUGAAGUGGUAGGUUGGCAUUGGGACAGUCAUACUAGUGACAAGGUCAUCUCGGGCACUUGUCCAGGAUGUCUGAAUCGUGAGUGUGCAUGUGCUGUGGCUCAGAAGGGAGGCCUUCUGUUGACUGAAUCUGUGUUUCAAAGGCGGCAAUCCCAGGCAUACUAGAAGCUUUCCUUUCCUUUCACUCCAGAAACUCUCCCACUCCACCCCAGGCAUGGGCAAUUGAGGGCUGGGAGACUAUGAAAGCUAAAGAUAGCCUCUCUGUGACUGUCGUCAGGCACCUUCUGUCCUCUGUCUUUCCAAAAACAAGCCAGGAAUAUGGCAUUUUGUAGGUAUGGGAUGACCUGUAAUGAAUGUUGAGUGAGCAUGUUACCCAAGUUGAACAGCCAGUGCGGAAGAAACCAAGCAAC